ACAUCACAUUUGACUUCUCUUUUCUUUCUUUUCUUAAUCAUCAACAGCCUCCGAAUCCGCCAGCUUUUAAAUCCUAAAAUCCUUAUAAACACGGCACAAAUUAACCAAAGGAGGGCACACAGAUCAAAUCCCACGAAAUUUACUCCCUUUAUCUCCCGGACACAAAUCAAAUCGCACAAAUUCAACUUAUUUCCUUUCCCGAGACAAAAUCAGUUACUCCUAAAUCUCACUAAAUUCUUCUCAACGGAGUAUUUCUUUCCCAACACGAAUCAAAUCAGGUUUGGUCCCAGAUCAGUUCAUCGCCGAGUCGAUUUUGCUCUUCUCCUUUGAUUUGAUUUGAUUUUGCUUCUUUUAUUUCCUCAAUCGCCUUUUUGGCCUCGCCGCCUUCUUCUUCUUCACGUGCGGAGCCGCCACCGCCUCCCAUGCAAGCGCCGCGCUAGCCAAGCCGUAGCCAGCCGGCAGCAUUAUCUCGUCUCGUGCCCCGAUUUUUUUUUGGUUGGUUGGAUUAGAUCGAUCGGGGGGUGGGUCGUCGAUGGCUGUCGAAGAGCCGCCGCCGCCGCAGCAGCAGGAGGGGCAGAGGAGGGAGGUGGGCGCGGGGGGGAGGCGGACGGACAAGCAGGGCCGCCGCCUCGAGGUGUACAACGAGGUGCUCGCCCGCCUCCGCGCCGCCGGCGAGAUCUCGCCGGGCUUCCAGGACGCGCUCUGGGCGCACUUCCACCGCCUCCCCGCCCGCUACGCCCUGGAUGUGAACGCGGAGAGGGCGGAGGACGUGGUGACCCACCAGCGGCUGCUCCAGGAGGCCCGCGACCCGCACCGCCGCCCCGCCCUCUCCGUGCGCGUCGUCCAGGUGUCUAGGAUCAUCGAUGGGGACAUGGAUGAUGAUUCCUUCGACCCCGGGAUGGCUGCUUCCAACCACUUGCCUAGCAAUAUGGCUCACCCUCCUCCGUCAUUCGGCUCUUCCUCCAAUCUAGAGGCGCUAGCGCUUGAAGCAAGCGAGCCUGAUGUAGCUAGCACCACUAACAACGAUGAUCACAGUGUUCAUCUGGUUUCCAGGCCUAUGCAUGAGAUAGCACUUGCAACAAUUGAUAAGCCAAAGCUACUUAGUAAGCUGACUUGUUUGCUUGGUGAGCUCGGUCUUGAUAUCCAAGAAGCACACGCAUUUUCGACAAUCGAUGGCUACUCACUGGAUGUAUUUGUUGUCACUGGUUGGCGUCUUGCGGGUACUAAGCAGCUUGAAGAGAAGUUACUACAGAAACUACGCAAUGUUGAGGCGCAAUCUUGGCCAGUAUCGAGCCCAUCAUCGCCAUCACUGGAAGGUCUGCAAGUUGGACAGAAUUUGCCAUCUACCAGUGUGAAAAUACCAACGGAUGGAGCAGAUGUUUGGGAAAUAAACCUGAAGCUGCUCAAGUUUGGAAACAUGGUUGCAUCUGGAUCAAACGGCGACCUGUACCGUGGAUCAUACUGUAGUCAGGAUGUAGCCAUUAAAGUAGUGAGACCUGAGCGCAUCAGUGCAGAUAUGUAUCGAGAUUUUGCGCAGGAAGUCUACAUUAUGAGAAAGGUUCGUCACAAGAAUGUUGUGCAGUUUAUUGGUGCAUGUACAAGACAACCCAACUUAUAUAUUAUAACAGAUUUCAUGUCUGGAGGGAGUGUGUACGAUUGCCUCCAUAAAAACAGUGCUUUCAAGCUUCCAGAAAUACUCCGAGUGGCGACAGACAUAUCAAAAGGAAUGAACUACCUGCAUCAGAACAACAUAAUUCACCGAGAUCUCAAGACAGCAAAUCUUCUCAUGGAUGAAAACAAGGUUGUAAAGGUUGCAGAUUUCGGUGUCUCACGUGUGAAAGAUCAAUCCGGAGUGAUGACUGCAGAGACUGGAACUUACCGUUGGAUGGCACCUGAGGUCAUAGAGCAUAGGCCAUAUGAUCACAAAGCAGAUGUUUAUAGCUUUGGUAUUGUUCUAUGGGAGCUGCUAACUGGCAAGAUCCCUUAUGGGCAGCUAACACCAAUGCAAGCAGCAGUAGGUGUUGUUCAGAAGGGAAUUAGGCCGAUAAUUCCAAAAGAUACCCACCCCAAGCUGGCUGAUCUGGUUCAGAAAUGCUGGCAUGGAGAUUCAGCUGAGAGGCCCGAGUUCUCCCAGAUACUGGAGAUCCUUCAAAGACUCUCCAAAGAGGUCGGAACCAACGCCAACGGUCUACGCAAAACGAAGUCCGGUUUUCUUUCAGCACUGAAGAGAAGCCACUGAAGGAAGAUCAACGUGCUCCCUUUUAUGUCGGUGCCCAAGUUAAUCAAUUCUGGAACUGUUGGACUGCACUGUAGUGUACAUUGAUAAAUCUUCUUAACUGUAAAUCUUGGCCAUUUUUCUGUUUGUUUCCCCGUUUUUGUUUUUCUUUUCCCCUUGUUGUUUGAUUGAAUGUUAAUAAUAACAAAGAUAGUGCUGGAAAGUAAAUAUUUGGUGUGUGUGUUUUUUUGGAAAAGUAAAUAUUUGGCGUUGA